AUGGCACUACAGACCGCACAAGACCAGGAAACCGAACAAACGAUAGUACAUAACCUCUCGUCAAAUCAACUUACUGUGACCCAAACAAAAGUUCUACAACGUGGAUCUGGUUUUAACACAACUGACGCCGACCCGGUCAACUUCAUUGCUUCUUUCGAAUCAGUGCUUCGUCAAACCGGCGCCACAGACGAGGUAAAGGACCUCCUUCGACCUCAAGUCUCUUCACUUCUCAUGUCGCACCGGAAAACCCAUUCCCUGCUAAGAGAUGAACAAAAGGCCCUAAGGGAGCUGAAAGCGGACACCGAAAUAGUUAUUCUGCCUGCUGACAAAGGCCGGUCAACCGUCAUCCUCGACAAGGUGGACUACCGACGCAAAGCCCUCCUGCUCCUCAACGAUCGAGAGUCCUACAAAGUUAACGACGCCGCCAGUCUAAAGCCCCUAGUGGCAAAGGUUAACAGAAUUCUGGCUCGACUAAAAAAGGACAAGGUCAUCACCGUCAAAGACUGGUAUAUGGCAAAGCCCGCAGAAACCGCUAUUGCGAGAUUCUAUGGUCUCCCAAAAGUACACAAGCCAGAUGUUCCCCUCCGUCCUAUCGUCUCACUCCGAGGCACACCCACAUACGGGCUUGCAAGCUGGGUAUUUCAGAAGCUAAGAUUCCUAACUGCAGGCUCACAAACAACGGUGCACUCAGCAAAACAACUCCUUGACAAAAUAAGGACAGUCACGAUCGAACCGAAUGAAAGGGUGGUGUCUUUUGACGUCGUCUCACUCUUCGCGUCCAUACCACAGGCUCUUGCGGUCGAAACGCUCAGUGACCUGCUACGUCAAAAUAACGACGGGGGCGAUGGGCAGCCCACAGCUCAGGAUCUCAUAGAACUCAUGGGGCACUGCCUCAAGACAUUCUUUACCUUCGAAGGGACCACAUACGAGCAGAUCAAGGGCACUCCAAUGGGUUCACCAAUCUCCGGACUCAUUGCCGUGGCGGUUCUACAAAAACUCGAGAGACGACUAUUCGAGGAGUACAAACCCAAGUUUUGGGCACGCUACGUUGAUGACACCUUCGUAAUCAUAGACCAGGAUAAAAUCAACUACUAUGCGGAAGUACUGAACUCAAUCAUGCCCGAUCUACAGUUCACGAUGGAAGAGGAAGUAGAGGACAAACUUCCAUUCUUGGAUGUUCUCGUCUGCCGCCAACCAAAUGGCGAACUAGCAACGUCGGUCUACAGAAAACCGACGAACACGCUGCAAAUUCUCAGCUACCACAGCAACCACCCGCCACAACACAAACGAAGCUGUGUCCGCACGCUGUACUGA